ACAUUUCAUUUUGACAUCCUGUCACUCUUUACCGUAAUUUUUUUUGGACACAAUGAACUGCUUCAACGACAAGAUUAAACUGAACGCCUUUGAAGAAAAAACCACUUACCAAAACGACUUUAAAAAGUACUGCGAUAGGAAAAAGGAAAACUUAAAGAACCCUCGCAUAAGGGCGGAGCAACCAAUUAAACCUCCACCGAAACGUCAUUACACCGAUAACGAAACCUUUACCACAUGGAAGGAUGACGUGUAUAUUCCCUUUGAUUUACUCUUAUUCCCAAAACCGAUCGUGCAAACUGACCCUAGAAAACCGUUUGAAAAGUUGGCGCCUCUACCGGAAGUCGAUAAACUGGAAGCCCAAAAAACGCGUCCAAGAAUUUACAUGACUCCGGCAUGCAGCCUGGACGACGUGCCAGAUCCAGAGAUGCGUCGGCUGCUCUGCCAGUUCGUCUACACCAGCGAGUGGCGCAAUGCGGAAAUCGAGGGUGCGUCCGGUUUCAAGCCGAAAAUUCCGAAUUUUUCGAAAAUCGAAACCCGCGACCUGGUCAGUUUGCAAACCGACCUCUAUCCCCCGUUGGAGGAACGAUUUAUCAAAGAGGGAAAACCGUGGGACGACCAACAGAGGAGGGGCUCCUCGGACCCGACUGCGCAGUUUUGGAUUAAUAAAGAUCCGCCCGUCUUGUGUGGCGCAUGCGUGGAUCCCCUUAAGAACCUGGUGAGUGAAGAAACGAAAGAGGAAAUUGCGAAGGCGGUGGGUGAGGAACGGCUGCGAUUGGCCCACGAUAUGCCCUCGCCCAGUUACGCCGGCUACAGACCGGAAAUGGCCAGAGGAGUCGCCAUCUCGCGGAAGACUUUACCUCCGACCCAUCCUAUGAUGACCACGUCGCAAGCUAUGACUUGUAGAUAUGCGCAGGAUCGAAAAUAAGACUUUUUCAUCAUAUGUGUGAGGGUCAAUAAAGACUUUAUGAUUA